AUGUGCUUCCCGCAUCAACAUCCCGACAAGACGACAAUUGAGCGUGAGAUGAAAAAACUGAUGGAGAAGCUGGAGGAGCCCGUGAAAAAAAUGGCCGUAUAUGUGAAGAAGCAAUUGGAAAAAAUUGGGGAUGUGGAGCAGGGCUACCUAGAUGCUCUUCGCGACCGAGAUGCGUCCAAGUAUACGCCGCGCGAGUGGGUCCAGGAGCUGCAGAAAAUCUUUGAUGACAAGGGACCUUACGGAACCGUGCGUACUUACAUAGCCGCCCGACAGAACGGGACCUCCGGCCACAAUACGAACACCAGUUACGCGGUCUUUGCUGAUAUGGCCUCUUUCGUCAUCCGGAAUCCGGAACGCACCUGGCGCCCGAUCAACCAGCAGGAUUUUGAUGAACAUGUCAAGAACUUGAGUAAUCCGGCUUACACUUCGCAAGGCGCCAACGCCACCGUCACGCAGUUGUACGAACAAGCUCAUCGUCAACUGAGCAAAGAUUUCCCGAAUCACGCACUUGUGCUUCGACCAACGCCGUGCGCCCACAUGGUGGCCGUCUUGGAACCAGGCGCGGCUAUCACUGGCUCGUACGACGUGACGACCCACGAAACGCAUAUCUCGCGUCCAGGGAUGGAGCUGACGUUUGUGGUCGCUCACCAUAAU